GGAGGAGCAGGUGGUGGCGGAGGUGGGAGUCCGGAUCCGGAGUUCCUUCGGCGCAAUGAGGUUUUGCUCCGCAAGCGGAGGGCCUGGGCGGCUGCAGGGCUGCAGGAACAGCAGCAGCUGCUGCAUCCUACGUCUCCGCAGCAGCAACGACAGCAGCAGCAGGCGGCGGCGCAGCCGCAGUGGAGGCGGCCGCAGUCCAAGUCCGAUGCGGGUGCGGGUCCGAAGGGGUCGUCCGCAGCGGCAGCACUGGCAGCGUCAGCAGCGGCGGAAGCAGCAGCAGCGGCUGCUGCUGCUGCUGCAAAUGGAGACCGAUCGCAGCUACGGUUGGCCGGCGGAGGAUCUCGAUCCCGCACUCCCGACGCCACCAUUCGGCAUGCUUGGACCGCCUCUCCCUCGCCGUCGCGUCGCUCGCCGCCGUCGGCACCUACCGCCGCGGCCGCCGCCGGCAGGGUGAGGGCGGGGACCAGAGUAAAAAAGACGUCUCGCCCUCGCGGCUGCGGCUCUGUAGGCUCUGCCGCGGCCACCGCAACCACGUCGCCACCUUCACCGCCGCCGCCGUCAGCUGACGCCGCCUGGGCGCUGCUAGCGGCGGUUCGCGGGGAUGAGCGUCCGUGGAAACAGCAGCAAACGACGUCGCCGGCCACAUCGCCACAACGGCCAGCCCAGCCGACGGCAGCGGCCGUCGCCACCGCGAAGCACGGUGGCGUGAAGUCGCGGCCCAAGUCAGCUGGCGGAGGCGGCAAGGCACGAUCGCGACCGUCGUCGACGUCGUCAGCGGCGGCGGGGGUAUUCACGUCGGCGGCGUCGCUGUUGGCCGCAGCACGGCACAGUCGAGCGAGGGGUCGGUACUCCACUUCUUCUGGCGGAGGAACGAGCACGAGCGCUAGCAUUAAGGGAGAAGAUUCAUUGGUGGCUUCAGCGGCAAUCGCGAUUAAAGACGCGACUCGAGCGUUACGUCGGAACUCCACUACCGGAUCCGCUGCUGCUCUCUCUGUGUCGGCUGCAUCCUCGGCAGCAGCGCCCUUCCUGGCCUCAGCAGCAACAACAGCAGCAGCGGCGGCGCCAUCAAUGCAGUUCGCGUACGGCGUGAGCCAUCCCGAAGACCCUUGGAAGCCCGCCUCGCACCCGUACAACUACUCGGGUUGUACGGACUUGGGUCGGCAGCAACAGGCUGCCGUACAGCCGCGUCAGAAGCCGGUACCCAGUCGUGCUGCACCUUAUGAUUUCUUUGGUGAUGACAUUGGUGAACUGAGCGGAUGGGAACAAAUGUCGCCACCGUACAAGCAAACGUACGGCAUUAGCAAGCAGCCUGCAGGAGCCCGUGGCGGGAGCAAUCCCAAUACUGCGGAUCUGGAUUUGGACUUGAACCUCGCUCUUGAGCUCUGGGAACAGCGGCACGGCCAACCCUCACACCAGCAUCAGCAGCAACAACAACAGCCGGCCUUGCAGCACCAACAGCAGCACCCGGCUUACCUCCAACACCAUCAGCAGGUGCAGGCUGCGGCUACUGCACCCGCAUCCGUCGUACAGCCACCAGCGCCACUGCCACAACCAUACACAUCAGCGGCGCCUGCGUUGGAUUCCCUGCUGUCCAACAGCCUUACCUACCUGCCGCCGCCGCCUGCAUCGCCGCCACACGGCCCCGUGUCGCUGACCAGGUCGCCCUCGCCGCCUGCGUACCCACGCAACAACGCCAGCCCCGGUGGGAGGCACUCCGCUGCCAUGGCCGCUCAUGCCGCCUCCUCUGUUGUUGCCCCGAGGUUCGACGCGCUCAACGCAGCACGGGUACCGUCGCCGCUGUCGUCGUCAGUAGCAGCAGAUGCAAAAGAAGAGGACCACCGGUUGUCCGAUUACGCUGUCGGUAGCACUGCUGCUCGGGACAUAACAGAUGCGGCGACAGGUGCGGACGGGCGGCAAGGCGCCGGCAGCCUUCCAGGUCCCGGUGUCAGCCUCAGCAGCAACCCAAUAGGCGCUGCGGCUGCUGCCGUUGCGGCAACACUGAAGCAUGACGGGGGCGGCCUCCUCAGCCUCAUUCAAGGCGACGUCAGUGGCAAUCCGUUAGGGCCGCGGACGAUCGCUGAGCUGGUCGGUCAAGCUAUGGCCCAAGUAUCUGCCACGCGCCCAAUGAGCGAUGCGUCAGCGACAACGUUCCCGGAGCAACCGAACUGGCAGGCCGUGUACAACCUCCUAGCCGCCGCGGCGGAAGCGGCGGCGGCCGCCGCUGCUACAGCCAGGACGACUGCCAAGUCCGCUGCUGAUGGUACGGCAGCCUUGCCCCUGCCGCCCGCGGCUGCCGCGGCGGCAGCUAGGUCAUCAUCACCGCUGCCAGAAGCCUAUUCUUCUCCACUACAACCGCAUCAGGCUAAGAGACCACGCAAGUCGGGUAUCGUUGACGUCAAAACCGCCAGUGGCGAUGGCGUCAGUGGCGUCGACGGGAAGAGCAUCGGUAGGGAUGGUGGUGGCAGCACCGAAAGAGCCGGUGGUGGCACCAGUCGCAGCAGCAGCGGCGAUGGCGGAUGUACAGCUGCUGAGAGCGGUAACGGUAACAGCAACGGGAACGGGAACAGCCGUGGUACCAAGACCAGCAACGAUGGCGGAGCUUCUACAGAAGCAGGCGGAGACAGCAGGAACACUGGUUCCCUGGGCAGCAAACACGGCGGCGGACACUCUGAUAACGGUCUCAACGGUAGCGACAGUGGAGUUGGUGGCAGCAGUAGCAGCAACAACGGCGGCGGCGGCAGCAUUAGGCUGACCGUGAGUGCGGG